UGCUCCCGGUGCUGACCAGUUGUUUGCCACAUGCGGCAUCAACAGCACUUUCCUUUCGAUUGAGAGCGGAGUUCCAUGCGGAGCCGAGCUUUUGACAGUUCGAGACUUUUGGCCUUGCGGGAGCCUCGUGCUUUUAAACAGGCGACUGGCGGCGUGUACGGCCCAAGUCAACGCAAAGAUUGCCUCUCUGAGGGGCAACGCGACUUUGCUUACCACCCCCGCUUGCCAAGUACUGGGCGAGAUUGCGAUGACUGCUGCGGCGUAUCCUGUUGUGGUUGCAAACGGAAUCUCGGGGUGCAUCCGCCAAGUGCCCAUUGUGAAGCUGGACCAGUCGCCGGUCUGUGACGCCUUGAACUUGGACGAGAUAGACUUCUCGUCGGUGGCCCUCAGUUGUGGGUCGGCUCAGAUCCGCAGUGACCGAUGUUGCGAUUUGAUGCUCGGCAUUGCCGGCCAAGCGCACAGCAUCUAUGCCAACCAAACCGGCCACUCCAUACCGCAGGAUCAGGCCCAAGCAUGCAGCGCUGCCGUCAACUCCCGCUUGGUCAAAGCGGGUGUCAUGACGAGCUUUGUCGUUGAGCGAUGCCAGCUUGGACCAUUCCCUUUCCUCUUCGCGGCCGGAUGCUACAAUUAUUCCAACUUCGACGCCCGGAUCCCUGAUCAACUUCUCGGGCCUUUGAUGGAUGCGUGCAACCCAAUUCAAGCCAACUGCUCCAACAACACCUGUCAAAUGCAACUAGAAAGCACGACGGCGUAUCUAGCAAACUCUUCCAACCCCCGGAUUCUGUGGCUGUGUGCGAACAUGGUGAUGAGCCACUACCUUAUGCGUUAUGACUCCCUGAGCGACAUCUCCGCCCGCCUGAACUGCCUUCUUUCUUACCCGGCCCCGCUCGCGCUCGGUGUUUUGAUCCAAACUUCGCGCACAUUGACACCGUCAGCAAUAACCGGGAUCGUCUUUAGUUGCAUCGCCUUCUUAAUCAUAGUCUUCGUAACUGCCUCCGUCUACAAAAGGCGUUUACCGAACAAGGGAUUAGACGGGUGUCUCGGCAGCGGGAUCAAGGGCUCAAAGCAGUGGACAGGAAUCCCCGGGCUUACUUUAGAAAGCUUCACUUACUCCGCGUUGAGAAGGGCGACCAAAAAUUUCGAUGAGACCCGGUUGCUCGGCCAGGGCGGCUCGGGAAAGGUGUUCAUGGGGGAGCUCCGGAGCAAGCGGGUCGCCGUAAAAGUCAUCAGCAGGGAGACCCUUGCAGGAGGGGCCAAGGAGUUUCAAAACGAGGUGCUGUCGAUGGCGCGCUGCCGACAUCGUCAUUUGGUCAGCCUGGAAGGCUGCUGCAACUCACCGAAGCACUAUAUCUUGGUUCACGAGUUCAUGGAGAACGGGAGUCUAGAUGCACAUUUGUACCGGCCACGAGGAGGGGCACACGUGACACAGAACGGGGGUCAACCCCGCUUUCUGGAUUGGCCGACGAGAAUGAAGAUUGCGCUCGGGGCAGCCAAAGGGUUGGCGUUCCUCCAUGAGGGUUGCAAGCCCCGCAUUCUCCACCGUGACAUCAAGCCGAGCAACAUCUUGUUGGACUCCGACUUCGAGGCCAAGGUCGCCGACUUUGGACUGGCCAAGCUGACCGCGGACGGCGACACCCACCUCACUGCAAGCAUCGCCGGCACGUGGGGCUUCAUGGCGCCCGAGUAUGCGACAUCCGGCCGCCUGACCGACAAAAGUGACGUGUACAGCUUCGGGGUGGUCCUGCUGACGUUGAUUGCAGGACGGCGGCCGAUAGAGCCCCUCGAAGAACAGGACAAAGUUUACCUCAUCGAGUGGGCUUGGACCCUGGCGGAAGCGGACGCGCUCCGGGAGCUGCUCGACGUCAGGCUGACGUCAGCGUUAAAGGAACAUGCCACGGCCAUCGACAGGGUUACAAGGAUCGCGCUCCUUUGCAUACACACGCAAGUCAACUUGCGGCCGACCAUGAGCGAGUGCAUCCGCAUGCUCACUGGUACGGACCCCGUUUCCGCGCUGCGCCUGGGGACGAUUUUCACGCCAUCCUCGUUGGCGACACCUGGCCCCAGCAGUGACUGGAUCAGCACGGACGGGAGCGCCGGUUUGUCGGGGGCGUCCCGGGGCGUGCUGAGCAAUCAAAGCGGUCACAGUGAGCUGAGCAACCAGAGCAUCUCGGGGGCUGAGUUGGAAAGGCGAAACGCCUCCCUCGAAAUGGAUGAUUUGGAGCCCGGUUUUGGGACAUAGGAAAAGGGUGUGUCGUCUUGAUUAUGAUCACUUUGUUGACUUGGUGCAACGGUCAAGAAGCAGAUCUGAUGCAUGUGUGAAAGUAGGUCGCAGCGCGGCCGCAGUCGCUAGCGCAUGAAGUCUUGAGUUUGGUCUGUCAAUUACCAAAUGUUUUGGCUAGUGUGUAUUUAUACUUGGAUAUUUCAAACUGAUAUUACUGAAUCUUAGCUAUAGGUGCCGCUAGCAGAGUUAGGUACGGUGCACAGUGACCACUACAAUUACGGAUACGAAAGAUUGCGCUAUCCUAAUCAAGUGCAUUACAAGCGCGCACAAGAAUAGG